CUUAGUCAAAGUUCGUGUAAACUGCGGUGGGUGCUUCAGAAAAUGAUUGAAGUGAAGAACGGCGCUGCAGUUUAAAUUCAGACAUGGAAGAGUCCAGCGAGACUUAUGAUGUCCAUGAGACAAACCGUCCCAUUUCGUGGGAAGACCACCAGUGUCAGAGCAUGGAGGAGAGAACUGAAUGCCUCCGAAGGAAGAUCAAGUACUACUUCAUGAAUCCGUGUGAGAAAUACCACGCGCGGGGACGGAUACCUUGGAAACUCAUGCUGCAGAUUAUCAAAAUUGCUAUAGUUACCAUGCAGCUGGUCUUAUUUGGCCUGAGCAAUCAGAUGGUCGUUACUUUCAAGGAAGAAAAUCUGCUGACCUUCAAGCACCUUUUCCUCAAAGAUUAUGUUGACGGAAGCAUGGAAGCCUACGCCGUUUACAGACAAGCUGACGUUUAUGAUCACAUCGACUACAUUAUUACUCAGUACGGACUUCUGCACAACAACACUGUUGGGAAUCAUGAAUAUGAGAAAAAUGGCUCUUCCUACAACCCGCUGCUUCUCUGUCAGAACUUCUACAGGAAUGGCAGCAUCUACCCUGGAAGUGAAACCUUUGAAAUUGACGCUCAUGUGGACACGGAAUGCCUUAAAAUCUAUCCAGCCAAUCCCGUACCACUGCGUGACAUGCCUGAAAACUUUGAACUGCAUUUUAAAAGGCUGCUCCUUGUGAAGGUCACAUUCGCUGUAAUGGCCAUUAAUCUGCAAACUGUGAGAUAUCGAGAGCUGCCUGACUGCUACGACUUCACUGUCAUUAUUACUUUUAACAAUCAAGCUCACAGUGGCAGAAUGAAAGUCGACCUGGAAAUGGAUGUGGAAAUCAACGAAUGCAAAGACUGGAAAGUCACUGGAGCCUCUGCAAGAAAGAUCUACCUGACUGUGAUGUUCGACUGCGUCAUCCUCAUUACCUGCAUCACCUCCUUUGUGCUCUGCACACGCUCAGUGGUCAAAGGGGUUCUGCUGAUGUUUGAGUACAGCCGUCAUUGCAGAACACACUCUGGUAGAAACGUGCCGUGGUCGGACAAGCUGGAGUUUGUGAGCGGCUGGUACAUCCUGAUGAUCGUCAGCGACACGCUGACUAUCAUAGGGUCCAUUCUCAAGAUAGAGAUCGAGUCUAAGGUCUUUACAAGCUACGAUGUGUGCAGCAUCUUCCUCGGCACCGGCACCAUGUUUGUUUGGAUCGGAGUCAUCCGUUACAUGGGUUACUUCAAGAAGUAUAACAUUCUCAUCGUGACGCUCCGGGCAGCUUUUCCAAACGUUAUCCGUUUCAUCUGUUGUGCUGGAAUAAUAUACAUAAGCUACUGUUUUUGUGGCUGGAUCGUGAUUGGCCCGUAUCACGAAAAGUUCCGGACCUUAAACACCGUGUCGGAGUGUUUGUUCUCACUGAUCAACGGAGACGACAUGUUCCCUACAUUCAAAGAUAUGCAGCAGAAGAGUAACCUGGUGUGGAUUUUCAGCAGAGUCUACCUCUACACCUUUGUGUCACUCUUCAUCUACAUGAUCCUCAGUCUUUUCAUCACAAUAAUCACCGACACAUACGACACAGUCAAGCAGCAGCAGGAGAACGGAGUCCCAAUAUCAGAGCUGCAGAAAUUUCUCUCUGUGUGUAAAGAUCUGCCAAAUUCUGGAGUUUACAGACUUGAAAAGAACGAGAGCUGCAUCAUUAGCUGCUGCAUCAACAGAUGCAACACUCGCCAAGAGAGGCUGACGUCAGAGGCGUAGCAGUUUGAGUAUUUUAUACUUUAGGGAUUCCUGGAAUCAAAUUAACGGAAAAGAAACCUGCUACGAGAACAAACCGGAGAAAGAUCAACUCUGGUCUGGGGUCAAAAUGACACACAAACCUGAAAACAUCUCGUAAAUGGAAAAUA